CCGUGCACUAAUCUUCCAUCUCGAAUUGCGAAAAGUAUCCCGCAUCAAACGUCCGCUACGCCCCGCCACAACACCAAAGUCCAUUCGACAUUGCGACUACGAUGUCCACUCCGAGUAGAUGCUUGGCCACGGCCGCUAAGAACUUCAAAAGCUCACCCAUUGCGACCGUCCCGCAACGAGCCUUUGCUUCGAGCACAACGAAUGCGCUGGCAUAUUCACGGAAUGCCACCACGCCGAAAACCACAUGUCUGAGGGAAUUGCAAAGGAUACAGACCAGCGCGGGGAAGACUGCGGGCAGCUUGGGCGAGCAGGCACGAACGUUCUCACAAUCGGCAUCGCGAAGCAAGCUCAAGACAAUUGACCAGAUUCGAGCACGGAACAAGGGCGGGCCAUUCAACCUCACAGCCGCCAUCCUCUUCAUCGCAGCUGGCGGAGGACUAUGGGCCUAUUUCACGUACGAGAAGGAGCGCCUGGCACGGAAGCGGAUAGCAGAGCAGACCAAAGGCAUAGGCAAGCCCAAAGUUGGUGGACCAUUCCAGCUAGUAGAUCAAAACGGGAAUCCAUUCAGCAACGAGGACAUGCUCGGGAAAUACUCAUUAGUCUACUUCGGCUUCACCCACUGCCCGGACAUUUGCCCCGACGAACUCGACAAGAUGGCCCUCAUGUACGACAAGGUCGUCGCGGAAUGCGGCAACGUCCUCCUACCCAUCAUGAUUACAUGCGAUCCCGCGCGCGACAACCCCAAAGUACUGAAGGAAUACCUAGCCGAGUUCCACCCGGACUUUAUUGGUUUGACGGGCGACUACGAGCAAAUCAAGAGCACGUGCAAGGCGUACAGGGUGUACUUUAGCACACCGAAUAACGUCAAGCCUGGACAAGACUAUCUGGUCGAUCACAGCAUCUACUUUUAUCUCAUGGAUCCAGAAGGCGACUUCGUCGAAGCUAUCGGCCGCAACUUUACAGCUGACCAAGCUGCCAAGGUUAUUUCUGAUCACAUCAAGGAUUGGGAGAAGCCGCUUAAGAAGGAGACGCGGUGGGAGUAAGAUGGCAUUUUUUUGGUGUAAAGACAGGGUGGUCAAAGUGUGAGGCAAGGAUAGGAAGAUGACAGUGUAUGAAUACAAUGGCAGCAAACUUGUACUAUACGAUAGCGAGCUAUGUAUAUUACUGUACAAAAAUGUAUAAGAAGAAUGUUUCUGGGCAGAUGCUCAUA